AUGCUGAAAACUGUCAUUGGCAAGAGGUUGAGAAUCUUAUGGAUUUUAUGAUGGCAAGGUGUUGUCAGUUCAGUACUUGGUGGAGUGAGGCAGGGAGCUCAGGCUCUUCAGGCUGCACAACAACCUCCUGUCGGUUGGGGUGCACAACAACAACCCGGUUGGGGACAACAGCAACCCGGAUGGGGUGCACAACAGCAGCCUGCAUGGGGAGCACAGCAGACUGGAUGGGGAGCACAACCAGGUGCCAGCGCCUGGGGAGCAAGACAACCCGUAAGCCAAUGGGGAGCACAAGGAGGAAGUGCUUGGGGGCAAGCUGCUACAGGGGCAUGGGGAAGACCUGGAGCACAAUGGGGGAGAUAAACAUGUUAUCCAAGGAAUCCUUCGACUUUGAUUUUUAAAA